CUCCCCUCGGAGGGCGGGGCGCGGUGCACGCCGGGAAGCCGCCGCCCAAGAUGGCGGCAGGAUUGAAAAGUUGUUGGUGGCGCUGAGGCGAUUCCGGGCGGGCCGCGGCUGGGAGUGGGAGCCGGGUCUCCGGUGGGCUCUAUGGUCGCUGCCAGGCAGUGAGCCCGGUCACCUGGGCCCCGCUGCGCACCGAGGCCGAGCGAGCACGGCCGCUGCGGGGAUGCCCCCUGGGGGGCCGGGGCCGCCGCCGCCGGAGACAUGGAGGAGGAGGGCAAGAAAGGCAAAAAGCCUGGAAUAGUGUCUCCUUUCAAACGAGUCUUCCUGAAGGGCGAAAAAGGGAGAGAUAAAAAAGCCCAGGAGAAAGUUACGGAGAGGCGGCCUCUGCAUACAGUGGUGGUGUCCCUGCCUGAUCGCGUCGAACCAGAUGUGCUGCUGAAUGACUACAUCGAGAAAGAAGUGAAGUAUUUAGGUCAACUCACAUCCAUCCCAGGGUACCUGAAUCCCUCCAGCCGCACGGAAAUCCUGCAUCUGAUCGAUAAUGCGAAGAGAGCGCACCAGCUCCCAGGGCAGCUGACCCAAGAACAUGAUGCUGUCAUCAGCCUCUCUGCCUACAACAUCAAGCUGGUGUGGAGGGAUGGAGAAGAUCUCAUCCUCAGGGUCCCCAUCCAUGACAUUGCGUCUGUUUCCUACAUCCGAGAUGACUCCUCUCACUUGGUUGUGCUGAAAACAGCUCAGGACCCUGGGAUCUCCCCAAGCCAGAGUCUCUGUGCCGAGAGCUCCAAAGCACUUACUUCAGGCUCGCUGUCUGAGAGCGGAGUGGUUCCUGUUGAAGCUUGUUGCUUGGUGGUCCUGGCUACGGAGAACAAAGUGACUGCUGAGGAGCUGUGCUCACUUCUCAGCCAGGUCUUCCAGAUUGUUUACACUGAGUCCACGAUAGACUUCUUGGACAGAGCAAUAUUUGAUGGGGCCUCCACACCAACACGGCACAUGUCCUUACACAGUGAUGACUCUUCUACAAAAGUGGAUGUUAAGGAAUCUUACGAAACAGAAGCAAGCACUUUUUCCUUUCCAGAUACCUUGGAUGCGGGUGACAACUCCCCCUCUUCCUUCUCCACGCAACAGUCUCCACACAUUAAGACAGUCAGCGAGAGUGAGCUGAGCACCACAGCAACAGAGCUGCUCCAGGACUACAUGAUGACGCUCCGCACUAAACUCUCUUCCCAAGAGAUCCAGCAAUUUGCAAUGCUCCUGCACGAAUAUCGCAACGGGGCUUCAAUCCAUGAAUUCUGCAUCAACUUGAAGCAGCUCUAUGGGGACAGCAGGAAGUUCCUGCUCUUAGGUCUUCGCCCCUUCAUCCCUGAGAAGGACAGCCAACACUUUGAGAACUUCCUGGAGACCAUCGGGGUGAAGGACGGCCGGGGCAUCAUCACAGACAGCUUUGGGAGGUACAGGCGGACUCUGAGCACCACCUCCAACUCCACCACCAAUGGCAACGGCGCUGCCGGCAGUUCGGAUGACCAGUCCGUCCCUUCCGAGGAGGAUGAGUGGGACCGGAUGAUCUCGCACAUCAGCAACGACAUCGAAGCCCUGGGGUGCAGCAUGGACCGCGAUUCCUCCUGAGAGCGAGCGGGGGGAGGACGGAGACACCCCACAGCAGCACCGGGAUCCUCACCCUCCUUCUGGAAGAGGCUUUGGAGCUCCAUCAGGAUGCAGUUACUCUCCCAUCCUCGUUCACAGCUCCAAGGGGCAGCUGGUGCCCUCUUACCAUGGAGGACGCCCGGGCAGGAGCCCAGCCUGCAGCCAUCUCCAGUUUGGUUUUACCGCUGCAGCCGGGAGAUAGGUCACCUACAGCCUCCUGCCUGGUUUACAGUUUUGCACAUGGUAUCCCUAUUAUAACUGCUCUCCUCCUCCUCUUCUUCCUCUCCCUGUUUUUGAAUGAAGUUUACCACAAUGUGAAUUAUUUAAACCUGGUGUUGAUGUUGUCGAAACGUUUUGGCUCCAGCCCCACAGGAGAAGCUGCCAAUGCCUGUGCUGCUGCUGCCCGGCCUGAAAACCCCACCAUAUACCCCCAGCUCUGCUCAGGGGUCCCCAGGAGCUGGAGAGGGGGACACACAGCUAAAGUUUUCCCCACCAGCGGAUUCCUGUGUGCCCACAGACCCCUGUGUCUGCGACAGCCUUCCCUUCCUGCCAAGCACAAAGCUUUGCCCCAUGAAACUCCCGUCAACUCAGUCUUCCCUGGCACCCACCCUAGGGUGCAUGGUGGCUUCUAGGGCUCCCUGGGGACUUUGCUAUCCCUGAGGGCCAGCACCAGGAUGGGAGAGCUGACGAUGGGCGCACCCUAGGAAGACUGGGGGUGUGCAGGGGAUGUUCAUGUUGUACAUGUUUUAUAUACAGUUAUAAAUAACACACUUAUUUUUUUAAUCAGGAUUCCCAUGCAGAGGGAGAGAUGCCAUUUGCAGCGGGCACCAGAGGAGAGGGGGGUGGUCCCUAGUUAUCCUGGAGGAAGGAUGGGGCUGGAAGAGGGAUGGGACAUCCCAGGCAGCACCCAGGUCUCAGCCAUAGGCUCUGGCACCCAGGGGUGUCUCUGGCAGAGCUGGGAGUGCUCUAAGAGCAGAUGCUGGCUCAGUAGUUUGGGGGAUCAGGCCUUACCCCCGAGUGCCUUUAACCCCUGCUCUGCCCUUGCAGCCCCCCCCCCAGCCCCCUUCCUGUCCAUCCCAGGCAAAGACCAGCCUUCAUCCAUCUGUCCUCCCUCCCCACCUUGCUCUGGCCAUUCCUUACCUGCCCUUCCCAGGAUCGCAGGCACUGGCCCCCGGUACGAUCUGGCACGGAGUCACCAUUGCACCCCACAUUAGGCUGGGGUCAGAGUGACCCCAAUUCUGCUCCAGAGAGGGUCCUCACAGCCCAAAUCCUUCUUUCUCCUUGACUCAUGGGGUACACGAGGCUGCAUCACUCCAGUGCCAGGCUGAGAUACAGCUGGCCCUUUCUCUGCCAGUUUCAAGGCUGAAAAGAACAAGGCAAAGGAUCCCAGCACACAUCCUCCAGCAGGAGGAAAAAGGAUUUAGCCAGGACAUAUCCAUCACAGAGAGCAUCUUCCUUGGAAACAAGCUGCGAUGGAGAAGCUCAUGGUUUCCUCCUGCCCUGUGUUUUUGCCAUCCGCCGAGGAAAAGGGAGAUGAAGGUGCCAGCUCCAUCCAUGGGGUCCCUAGGUGCUGGGGACUGAGAUCUUCCUCCUCUCCUCUUCCUCAAGCCCAGGAGGCAGCAGUGUGGGGCUGGAGUUGUUUUAGUGCCUUUCUAUGAUUUACAGAUUAAAACCCAAAUUGCACAUGUGGAUGUUCAAGUGUUUAACAACUUCAGGAGAUUUGGAAGCGAAAACACCCUAUUUGUGGCAUGACUGUGUAUGAUGGGGUUUAAAACAAGCUGUAACCAUUUGCAGUGGGUUAAUACUCCAAUGGGACUUAAACCUGGGAAUAACCUGGGAUGUGGCCUUCUGGGAGCCAAGGGGGUUUUCCUGCCUUCGUCUCCCCAUCGGUGGCACCGGGAGGCCGCAUGCGUCUGUUUUCUGUAUGGAGUGUUGCUACAGGUGAAUACAGUUCUGCACCCAGC